AUGCCCAUUCGCGAGGAGCUUGUGGCCUCUGCGGCCCAGUUUCUGCAGGAUCCUAGCGUCGCGGCAUCGCCCGUCGAGAACAGGAUAGCGUUUCUCAAGGCGAAGAACCUGACCGAAGAAGAGAUCCAGGCCUCUCUGGCCAGAGCUGCCGGCGAGGUCGCACCUGUGGCAACCUAUGCAGCAGUAGCACCGCCUCCAGCUGGCCACAUACCGGGACAACCACCAGCAUACUAUGGAGGAGGGUAUCCGCCUUACGGCUGGCAGCCACCGCCUCCCGAGGUGCCCAGGAGGGACUGGCGGGACUGGUUCAUCAUGGCCACCGUAGUGGGAGGUGUAGGGUACGGUUUGUAUGCACUGGGAAAGCGCUACGUCUACCCUCUGAUCGCGCCACCCACCCCCGAGCAGCUCGAGACCGACAAGAAGUCCAUCGACGAGCAGUUUGAGAAGGCCUUCACCCUGGUGGACCAGCUGUCCAAGGACACAGAAGCCCUCAAGACCGCAGAGCAGCAGAGGACGGAGAAGCUGGACAGCGCGCUGGCAGAGCUGGAGACGGUCAUCAACGACCUCAAGUCUGCCAGCAGGAGGAGGGAGGACGAGACACAGCGGGUCCGGGACGACGUCUCGAACCUCAAGGACUCAAUCCCCAAGGCUCUGGACGCGCAGAAGAGCCUGACCGACACCAGGCUGCAGGAGGUCAACGCCGAGCUCAAGAGUCUGAAGACCAUCAUCAGCCAGCGGAUGACCAGCGGGGCCUCUUCGGGUGCCGCCAACAGCUACGGGUCGCGAGGCACCAUGUCACCUGCCCCUGCGCCUACGCCUGCGCCUGCCUCCACACCGAUUCCCGCUCUUGGACACGACAGCAGCAGCAAUGGAACGACUGAUAGCCAUGCUGCCGCGGACAAGGCCGCGAAGCCGACCAACGCGGCACCCUCCUCCCCAUACCAGGAACCGGGCGCCAGCAACGGACGCGCAUCGCCUUUCAGCAGCGGUAUCACAGCGGCUGCUGUCAAGAUCCCAGAGUGGCAGAGAGCGAUGGCGAGUAAGAGGAGCAACUCGUCAUCCUUGAACAACAACACAGCGGAUGCUGGCGGCAGUGCGCAGCAGGCGGAGGCAGGAAGCAGCGAAUCGUGAGACUCUUGAGUUCUGUGGUGGAGAUUACACCAUCUCUGACCAAGCGUUGGCAUUGGUUGUCUAAUAGAUGAUGAAACAAUCAUGGACCUAAAAUUUUGGGAAACGUAUCGAAGGCGCCUGGGAAUUGGACAUUUUCUUAUUUACACAUUCUAGCCAAAUAUGUUUGUUUAUGGAUUCUGGCUAUUCAAUAUGUCCUCGGCAUACUCAUCUCGCCUGACAGAAACAACCACGAUGCAUAUCAUGUCAUGGAGAAGUUUAUGCUUUCAAG